CCGCAUACGCGAUAACUUUUAGCCGGUAUCGGCUGCUCCCCACCAAUUUUCUCGACAUUUAACAACAACUCCCACCCUUGACCUCGAUAACGAAAGCAACGAACGAACACAAGACCAAUCGCAAAGAUCUCAUCAUGGCAGAGAACAAGGCAGACGCUCCAGCAGCUAACAUGCUCUGGGGAGGCCGGUUCACAGGUGCAAUUGAUCCUCUCAUGUAUAAGUACAAUGCCUCCAUCAACUACGACAAGGCUCUUUAUAAGGAGGACAUCCUUGGAUCGAUCGCUUUUGCCCGUGCCAACUCGAAGGCUGGCAUUAUUAGCCAAGAUGACUUCCAGGCGAUUGAGCGUGGUUUGCUCCAGGUGAUGGAGGAAUGGAAGCAAGGAACUUUCACCAUCAUGCCAAACGACGAAGAUAUCCACACCGCAAAUGAACGUCGCCUAGGAGAGGUUAUCGGCAAGGAUAUCGCGGGUAGGCUGCACACGGGGCGCAGUCGCAAUGAGCAGGUUGUCUGCGAUAUGCGCAUGUGGCUACGCGAUCGAAUCCGCGAAAUCGACACUCAACUUGUCGCAUUUCUCAAGGUCAUUAUCGCGCGCGCCGAGUCUGAGAUCGACUACAUCAUGCCAGGAUACACCCAUCUUCAGCGCGCCCAACCCGUCAGGUGGGCCCAAUGGCUGAUGGCGCAUGCCGCUUCGUUCAAGCAAGAUCUCGAGCGACUCCGCCAAGUUUUCGAAAGGGUCAACCUCAGUCCACUUGGCUGCGGCGCUCUGGCUGGCAACCCCUUUGGAAUUGAUCGAGACUCAAUAGCUCAGGAGCUCGGUUUUAGCGGAAUCACCUUAAACUCUAUGAACACGAGCGCUGAAAGGGAUUUUAUUCUCGACUUCCUAAUCUUCACGAGCGUUUUCACCAGCCACAUCAGCAGGUGGGCUGAGGACCUCAUUAUUUACUCAUCCUCUGAGUUCUCUUUCCUUCGACUGGCGGACGCAUACAGUACGGGUAGUUCUCUAAUGCCAAACAAACAUAACCCCGAUAGUUGCGAGCUUUUGCGCGGCAAGUCAGGGCGUUCUUUCGGUCAAAUGGCAGGGUUGAUGAUGACUAUGAAAGGCCUGCCAUAUUGCUACAAUAAGGAUGCCCAGGAGGGAUGGGAACCUAUGCUCGAUGCAGUUGAGACUGUGUCCGAUAGUCUUGGCAUAGCUAACGGGGUUAUCUCCACACUGAAGGUGCGACCUGAGCGGAUGCAGGCUGCUCUAGAUAAGACGAUGCUAGCGACGGAUGUUGCGGAGUGGCUGGUGAGGAAUGGAUGUCCGUUCAGAGAAGCUCACCACAUCUCUGGACGUGUUGUUGCGCUGUCUGAAAACUCUGGGGUUUCGAUGGACAAGCUGACACUGGAGCAACUGCAAGCUAUUGAUCCACGGUUCACAGCGGGCAUUGCGGAGGCAUUCGAGUACGAGACGAGCGUCGAGGCGAAAUCGUCUAAAGGCGGUACGAGUCGGUCAGCCGUGCUGGAGCAGAUCCAGGUCGUUAAGGCUAUGUUAGAUUAGGGGUCUGAUAGCCUGUCGCAAGAUGAGUGCGUCCGUAGUAAGGGAAUCUGGCACACACAUCACGAAUGACAUGACAUGGUUCAUGCUGUGGAAGCAAAUAUGAUUCAAGAGCGUGGAAUGGGGAAAAGACACGACGCUGUUAAGAGAAACUGCAACAGGAAAACCGCCGGCCCAGCCGGACAAAGGAGUAGUCUUGGUCUUGGAUUGAUAAAUGGAAAGUCUUCAAUGCAGCUUCCUUUGAAAAUGAGUUACGGAGAGACGGCAGUCAACACGCCGACAUGCUGCCAAUAUGAAGCCAAUUGCAACAAGCAUCGCACCGACAAGCAUCGUAAUAGGAAUCACAGCUACGAACUAGGCAAAACCCACCGACCGCAAGGGAUACGGAGUCGUAGAGCUUGAGAGGCUCUCCCCAAAGAGUACUAUUCAGUGAUUCGACUCUUUGGGAGACUUUUGGACAGUUCUCUAUGUUGAACAGCUGCAACCUUGUCAGUAUAUAUAAGCCUCAAAUAGAGAUACAAUUUCCAGUAAUCUCAGGUAGUGAACCGUGAAUGGGAAUUGGACAAAGCAA